AUGGAUAAGUUAGGUAGCAAGUAUAAUGGCCUAGCAAGUGCUUAUCAAAAACACUCGGAGACAAUCUCUAAUUUGACAGAUAAAGGGAAAGAUGUGAUUAAUAAUAGUAAAGCUAGUUACCAAAACAUUAGGGAUAAUCAUGGGAUAUCUGAAGUAAAAAAUAUGGUACAAAAUACAAUAAGUACGUCUUCUUUACCAACAAUUUCUUCAAUACCAUCAAUGCCUUCAGUGCCCGAAAUACAAAAUGGUCUUAAGGGAAAUUAUAUUGACAAGACCAAGGAAAUGGGAUCGACUCUAUUGAAUUCUGGAAAAACUCAAGUAAUAAAUCUUGCUAACAAUAAUAUUAGUGGAUUUGAAGACCUAGAUUUUGAUAACGAUGAAAAUUUACAGACAAAUUUAGGCCCUUUAAUUGAUGCAUUUUUUGAUCAAGUUUUAUUAAAAGCAAUAAAACAUAAAAUACCUGAACGUGAAAGAUUUACUGACAAAGCAAAAGAAAUCGAAGCAGAGCUUUCUAUUAUUGGUUUGAUAAAAGAUAUUCAUAUCAUUAGUGAAAAACUUCCCGCAGUGUAUGAAUUCCAAGAUGCCUUAAUUAGAAUUGUCACUUGGAGAAAUCCAACUGGUACUCUAGUUUGUUUAAUUUUAGGAACUUUAAUGCUUAUGAAUCCAAUUAAUAUUGGUAUUAUUAUUUCUAUAUUUUCUAUUUAUUGUGUAAUGAUUCCAGGAUUUAUCUGCAAACAUCCAUACAGACAGGAUGUAAUGUCAAUUACAAGGCGUAAUGUAACCAAAAAAUGUAAUACUCGAAAUUAUGGCUCCAGUUUUUUCUUUGAUAUGGCUACAAGUGGGCCAAGUAAUGCAUGGUAUCCAAUUUCUGAAAUAAAAGAAUACGAUAAAGAUAGUUCUAAUUUAGAAGUCAAAGAAGUUGAUCCUAAUAACAAUAAUAUAGAAAGAAGUGGAAUCGCCUUUAUCACUACUGUAAAAGAUAUAAAAAACUUGAUAGAUCAUUUGAUACAAAUAAAUAGAAUGGCAGAGCAAUUUGUUUUUGAUAUUGGUGGCUUUAAAGACGAAUAUAAAUCAAGCUUAAUUUUUAUUAUUUGGACAUUGCUAGUGAUUAUAAUGAUUUGGAUAAGCAAGUUUAUAAAUUGGAAUAUCAUUAUAAUUGGUAAUCUAUGGAUCGGUAUGCUACUGAUUCAUCCAAUUUUUAGAGAAAAAUUAAUGAAGUUGUUCAAAACUACUGAAACUGAAGAAGAAAGAUUAAAGAAGGAAGAGAAAUUAAAAGAAGAAAAGGAAAAACAAAAAUAUGUCAAGAAAGUCAAUAUGAAAAAGAUGCCAAUGAGAGUCAAUGAUAAAGUAAUGAUAUUUGAUGAAAAGCCUGAAAUAGCUAAGAUCGAAAUUUUUGAAAUUUAUAAAAGAAAUGAAUUAAACUUUAAUAAAUGGGAGUUCUUCUUAUAUUCAACCCAAGUAUUUGAUAAAAAUGAUUCUUUUAGAAAAUCACAAACACCACCACCCGGUGUACAAAGAUUGAUUGAUGUAACUUCACCAAAACCUUGGGUAUUUGAUCAAAAUUUUGAUUGGGAAAUUGAUAAUGAUGUUAGAAAUUGGGUAAUGGAAAGGGAUUUGGUUUAUUCUAAGGAAAAUAAAAUGGAAGAUGAAUAUUUGGUUGAUAAUGAGUUCAAAAGAAGAAGAUUAGUUAGGACAAUUAUUAGAUACUCAGCGCCAUUAUGGAACAAAAAUAAUUUCUAA